AGGAUGUCGGGUUGUUCGCGAUAACAAAAACAAAUAUUUACCACAACAAAAAAUAGGAAAUCAUUGACCAAGCGGCAUUGUAAGCGUGAACAAUACAGAGAUGAAGCGUUUCGUGUCGUUGUUCCUUUUCUCCCUUCUGGUGCUGGGUUUGAAGGCCGACUUGCACCCCCUUUCCGACGAGUUCAUCGACUUGAUAAACUCCAAAUCGAAAACUUGGACGGCCGGCAGAAAUUUCGGCGAGAAUGUGUCGAUGUCGUACAUCAAAAAACUCAUGGGGGUGCUACCGGACGCCGAUCUCCACAAACCCCCCGUUUUGGAGUUGAUCGGGGGAGACGAGGAGCAGCUGCCGGAAAAUUUCGACGCCAGGCAACAGUGGCCCCACUGUCCCACCAUACAGGAGAUCAGGGAUCAGGGGUCAUGCGGAUCAUGCUGGGCUUUUGGUGCUGUUGAGGCAAUGUCAGACAGAAUCUGCAUCCACUCAAACGGCAAAACCAACGUCCACAUUUCCUCUGACGAUUUGGUUUCAUGUUGUUACACCUGCGGGAUGGGAUGCAACGGGGGAUUCCCAGGUGCAGCUUGGCACUACUGGGUACGCAAAGGACUCGUCUCUGGAGGAACCUACGGAUCCAAACAAGGGUGUCGUCCCUACGAAAUCCCCCCUUGUGAGCAUCACGUGAACGGUACUAGACCUUCUUGCACAGGGGAUGACAAUAAAACCCCCAAAUGCGUCCACCAAUGCGAACAAGGUUACACCAUCAGCUACCCCAAGGACAAACAUUUCGGAUCCAAGGCCUACUCUCUAUCCAGCAACCCUGACAAGAUUGCGCGGGAAAUCUUCACCAAUGGACCGGUAGAGGGAGCCUUUACUGUAUACGCUGACUUAUUGAACUACAAAACAGGAGUUUACCAACAUACCACCGGCGCAAUGCUUGGAGGUCAUGCUAUUAGAAUCAUUGGCUUUGGCGUCGAAAAUAACACUCCCUAUUGGUUGGUAGCCAAUUCGUGGAAUUCCGAUUGGGGUGACAAUGGUACCUUUAAAAUUUUGAGAGGAAAAAACCAUUUGGGAAUAGAAAGUGGAGUUGUAGCUGGUCUACCCAAAUUGUAGAGUUUUUAUGUAGGUGUAUGAUUAAAGUUCGCGUUUAUAAUAAUUUUAGCAUAAGUUUUGUAUCAAACAUAAUAAAAUAAUUAGUGUAUUAGUAUAUAAACAUUGUUUUAUUUACAUUUAAAAGGUUAGGUACAACAACAAUUAUUUAUAGCAAGGGUAAGUCAAAGCAGCAGUAUACGUUUCUUACAAUCUUUUCUUGAGAUUGUUAUAUAUAAGAAAUGUUAGUGGCAAGUUUAGUGAAAAAGUGCUAUUGGU